ACACACACACACCCCGUGUUCGUCCUCCAGUCAAUAAUUUAGACUCUGUAGGCCUGCCGUAGAACAGUCAGAGAGCAGGUUUACCACAAGCUCUCCAGCAUGAGGACUCCGACGAGAGUAGGGGGAGCUGGAAGAGAGAUGGAGCCCAAAAGUUUGAGGGGGCAAAUCACCCAGCCCACCGACCACCAACAAGGAGCAUCAAUGAGGAAUAUGUUGGGCUCUCAGAGAACCCACACUCGGGCCCUCAUGACCACAGAGUAUCAAGAACGGUACCGUCCCCCUCACUGCUACAAGGCCAUGGUCACAACCACCACGCCGAAAAACCCGUACCAUGCAUUGAAGGGGACUGCUGCGGAUGUGACCACCUGUAGAGCUUUCUAUGUGGCCCACAAGGUGAUAAAAACUCCACCCAAGCCCCAAGAACCAUCGCUGCUGCCACCAAAAGAAAACCAGAGAACUGCCAGUGCAGUUGGAGCCAAACAAACAGCAUCCACAGUAGAGGACUACAAGACCGUGUACCAGAAUGAUUUCAGAGUGUGGAAAGUCACCAAACGUCAGCCCUUUAAGCUCAGUGACAGCCUGAAGGUCAACCAAGGGCUAUCGGUCACGAGCACUGCUCCCAAAGAAGGUUCCUUUGAGAAAGGCCCCGUUUGUGUAGCCGCCGACUCCAAGCCAGACCGAGAGAUGGCAAAGUCACAGCCAUUUGAACGCAUGACCAGCUACAGGUGUGAUUACGUCGCCCAUUCAGCACAGGCCAAGAUUCAGAGUUUGAAACCUGCAAAUCAAACUCAUUCAGACCUUCUCUCAGAGGCCGCGGCCAAAAAGACCAGUCCAUCAUCGGAUCGCGAGGAAUUCCUGUCCACAACACACGCGGACUACAAAGGACAUCAGUGUCCACGCACCAAAUCAAUCCUCCCAACGCUGCAAAACUUUGAGAAAAGCAAGGAGCCGCUGGAGACAACGACCACCAUGAGGGAAGACUUUAAAGCUUGGAACAAAGCGAGAAUCUUCCCAACCUUUAACAAAAUAAAGCAGAAUGCGCCGCAGAAGUCCACCGCCUCCGUGUGCUCAUGUGAGCCAGCACACAUCUGCAAAAACGACCAAAAGCCUUUGAGCCCUCAAUCUAAACCGUGGAGACUAGAGUGUGUAACUCCAACUAUCCCGUCACCAAGGAAACUCCAACUCCUGCUGACAAUGGAUUUUCUUCCGGCUGUGAAUGCAUCUCCAACGGGAAUGAAGAAUCCAGGAGGUUCUGGCGGCAUGGUUUCUAGAAAAACUCAAGUUUUUCUUGAGAUCAGGUGGAUUUCCGGCCGUUGCUGCCACUUUUACCUCAGGUAGUUUCUGCCUUUAACAACAAUAAAAGCCAUAAAUGAAGCUAAGAUUAUGUAAGAGCGGCUAUUUUUAUACUUACAAGCAUGUCACUGAUGCUCUGCAGUAGCACUCAUUUAGAGGAUUAUGUCAUCACUAAUUGAAGCUGCUUCAUAUUCAGCUUAGGAAGCACUUUGGAAUACGUUACAGCUAAAUGUGGACUUCUACAUCUUUAAUAGUGCAAUGCAUUAGAAAAUGGUGAGUAGGGACAUUUAUACAUACAUACAGAGGCAGUAAGACUCAGCAUUCAGACCUCAUGUUUUAGCAUUUGACGUGAUUGUGCCCUUUAUCUCGACACAAU